AUGCAAUAUGUUCUGACCCAGGCUUUAGAAAGUGAUGGCAUGGAUAUGGAGAUCGACUUGUCCAACCUUGGGACUGUAAAUACAAUGUUCGCAGCACUUUUCAGCAAGCUGGGAGUUCCUAUCAAGACUACAAUUUCUGCUACUGUUCUUGAAGAAGCUCUAAAUGGAACUGUGACAGUCAGACCACUUCCUAUUGGAACAUCUGUCAAUGGAAAGCUUCUUUACUUUGAACAAGAAGCAAAUGGAGGUUAUGGGUUAGCUUUACAGGUGAUUAUAGUUCUUGUAGCUAUUGAUCCUGCUCCUAAAGUUUUUUAUGAUUAUAAAGCACAACUGUAUGAUUCUUUUGGCAAGAUUUGCAUCUUCUAUUUGAUGCUUUUUCUUUUUGGGGAAAAACUACCCCAAGGAU